GUAUUAGCAUCAUGGAACGCGCCCUCAGACGGUACGUGAAAGCCCAUGGGUAUGCGAUCGCCAUAUCCGCCCUAUUUUUUGGAUGCAUCUAUGUCGCCAGUAUUCUCAACGACGAUCAGCUGAGUCGUACCGCAAGCGAAUACGCUUUCUUUCGCACACGGCCACUCGAGCAGUUGAUCUUUUCGAUCGCGUGGAUUGUCGCGGGACUAAUCUUCCUGCUGGGUCUGAUCUGCGAACGGAAGGAAGCCAUCUUUCCGUUCUCCACUAUCUUUCUGGUUGAGUGGAGCCUCAUACUGGUGCAGCUGGUCAGCAAGCUGGGGCAUCGACAUCUGAUCGAGGUGAUCCUGUCGGCUGAAGCAGCAGUAUUUCUACUGGUGCCGUUGUACGUGGGAUACACGCUAGUCAUACUUUACCGUGCAUUCGAUAGUCUGAGCAAAGACGAGGACCAGGAUAUCGAGCAGGCACGGCGUCCAGUGAAGUUCUUCUUUGGUGAAGAUCCCGACGAUACCUACAGCUAA